AUGACUGAAUAUCUUAUUUCACAUGGUGCAAAUAUUAAUCAAAAAACUAAUGACGGAGAAACCGCUCUUUAUUUUUCAACAGUCAAAAAUAAUAAAGAAAUUACCGAAUAUCUUAUUUUGCAUGGCACAAAUAUCGAUGAAAUGUAA